AUGUCUGUUGUGUCCAAGAUCACGGAGCUUAUUAAAGAUGAAGGCGCUGCAGAAUAUUUAUCAGAAGUACUUGAAAGUGCAGAAACAGCUGAAGAAUUUGCUGAAAUUGCAAAUCCUGUUAUUGAAGGACUUGAUUUAGGUAUUUCUGAAGAUGAAAUUAACAGUUUGUCAACAAAAAUCUUUGCACUGAAGUCACCUGUCGAAGAAGAACAGCAAACAACAAUCGAAACUCCAAUUAAAAUGAACGAACUCAUCGGAAUCACAAAAGAAGAAGAAAAAGUCGAAGAGAAGGUAGAAGACCAAACACCAGUUACAACAAGUACAACAGAAGUAUCAACAAGAACGAGCGAAAGGCUUAAAUACGAUGAUAUCGAAAAUUCUUUCUUCAAAAAAGGAAUCUAUUUCCGCCAUUCACUACCUCAUGGCCCAAAGGACUUUGUCCUUUUGAACUUAAUCAUCGACAUUGGUCCAAAAGUCUUAAUCGACGAGCCAUCUCUAAACAUGGCCGUGGGAAACCGCUACGGACUUGUUGGCAGGAACGGUAUGGGCAAGACAACAUUCAUGCGAUUCAUAAAUUCGAGGUUUAUUCAGCAAGUUGCUUUAUCAUCAGUUCCUCCCGAUGUUUCUAUAGUACAUGUCGAACAAGAAUGUCCCAUCAGCAACAGAACAGCCCUACAAACAGUCCUAGACUGCGACAUCGAGCGUACAGAGCUUCUUGAGAAAUUAAAAGAUUUCGAAACUCAUCCCGACAACGAUCCGAACGAAGUACACCGCGUAAUGAACAGAUUGUCAGAGAUAGGAGCCAAAACCGCCGAAAGCAGGGCAAUCAGCUUCCUUACAGCGCUUGGAUUUGAUACGAACAUGAUAAAUUCACCGGUGAAGGACCUUUCUGGUGGAUUUAGAAUGCGUGUUUCUCUUGCCCAGGCUCUGUACAUCAACCCUGACGUCCUUCUGCUCGAUGAACCCACAGGACACUUGGAUGCCCCAUCAAUCUGUUGGCUGGAAGAGUAUCUGACGACUCAGUGCAGUCACAUGGUUCUGGUCGUCAUCUCCCACGACAGGAUCUUCCUCGACAACGUCUGCACCCACAUCAUCCACCUGAAAGACAAGAGGCUGACAGUUUACAAAGGAAAUUAUUCCUCUUUUGAGAGGCAGUUCGCGGAGAAGUGCCACUUGCUGGAGGUGCAGGCCGCUCUGCAGAAGAAGGCAAUCGAUCACAAGAUGGAUUACGUCAGGAGAUUGGGCGCAAGAGCUGCUUUCGCGAAGAUGGCCAAAUCUCGUCUGACUUCCAUCAAGAAAAUGAACAUUAUUAGGACAAUAUCAGCUGACGAGGAGAUAAACUUCUUCUUCCCUACAGGAACAAUCGCGUCUACUGAAGAAAUUAUAAAAUUAAAUAACGUUUUCUUCCAAUACAACCCUUCCAAGGUCAUAUUCGAGAACUUGAACAUUACCAUAAACAGAGACUCUAGAAUCGUCGUAAUCGGAGGAAACGGCGCCGGAAAAUCAACUUUCAUAAAAUUGUUGACAGGUAAACUAUCUCCAAACAAAGGCGAAGUUGACAGAGCUACCAACCUCCGCAUCGCAUAUUUCAACCAACAUCACGUAGAUCAGCUCGAUUACAGGACAUCUCCGCUCGACUACAUGAAAUCUAAGUUCGAAGGCCAGUACACGCGCGAGAAUAUCAUGGAGCAACUCUCCAAGUUCGGGAUUAGAGGCGACAGCUUUUACCAGCCAAUUCAAUCUUUGAGUGGCGGCCAAAAGACAAGAGUCGUGCUCGCCGAAUGCGCUUUAUUGAGACCACACCUUCUUCUACUCGAUGAAGUAACAAAUAACUUGGAUAUGGACUCAAUCCACGCUUUGGGUGAAGGAUUGUGCGUUUACGACGGAGCGAUUGUCGCUGUAUCUCACGACCAACACUUUGCAGAGCUACUCGAUGCGCAGAUCUACGUUUGCGAGAAGAAAAACAUCAUUAAGUACAACGGAUCCUUCGCAGAUUACAGAGCUGAAGUGAAGGAUUACAUCAGAGAGACGUACUUCCAGAAAACAGACUUGUCAUGA